UUCAUAUUUUGCCUUCACAAUUCGUCGUUUUAUUAAACAUUCUUCCUCCACCGCCGUGCACUAUUACCGGCCAUCAUGUUUAUUCCCUGUUCAAACCCUGUAGCCAACUCAUUUAUUCCCCCACCGCCACGGGGCGGCCCCCAGACCUUAAAUCUUGGCCGAAGCCUUGUCCGACUUCUGCUCAACUCCUAGCUCUGGGUAAAUGGCUCUUCCUCCUCCUCCUCCUCCUCCUCCUUCCCUCCUCCUCCUCGCGUUGUUCCUCGUGGCAAUGUCCGGGUCACGUCAGGAAGGGGCCCUGGCACGGGAGAGCGGCGCUGAGUUCAGUAGGGCCGCCUUCCCUGACGAAUUCAUCUUCGGCGCCGCCUCCUCGGCUUACCAGUAUGAAGGCGCUGUGAAGGAAGGUGGCAGGGGGCCGAGCAUUUGGGAUACCUUCACACACAAGCACCCAGAUAAGAUUGCUGAUAAAAGUAAUGGGGAUGUAGCACUGGACUCUUACCAUCGUUAUAAGGAAGAUGUAAAAAUAGUGAAGGAGCUGGGACUAGAUGCCUACAGGUUCUCUAUCUCUUGGCCAAGAAUCCUACCAAAUGGAAGCCUAAGCGGGGGAGUUAAUAAUGAGGGUGUCAAGUAUUACAACAACCUCAUCAACGAGCUUAUAUCCAAUGGCUUGAAGCCCUUUGUGACUAUCUUCCAUUGGGACUUGCCUCAAAGCCUAGAAGACCAAUAUGGCGGUUUCUUAAGUUCUAAUAUCAUAAACGACUACGUUGACUACGCCGAGGUUUGCUUCAGGGAGUUUGGAGACCGUGUCAAGCACUGGAUCACCUUCAACGAGCCACUUAUUUUCUCGGCUAUGGGCUACGCGUCCGGCACAUUUGCACCAGGGCGUUGUACUCCUGGGAUCGUUGGCAAUUGCCCCACAGGGGACUCAGGCAGGGAACCUUAUAUUGUGGGACAUAACAUGCUCCUUGCCCAUGCUGCUACAGUGAAGUUAUACAAAAACAAGUACCAGGGGCCUCAGAUGGGCAAAAUAGGUAUAACCCUGACUACUAAAUGGUUUGUGCCAAUAUUUAAUACCAAGACUAAUUAUGAUGCAGCGGAACGAGCUCUAGAUUUCGCAUAUGGAUGGUUCAUGGAACCCUUAACUCAAGGUGAUUACCCUUUCAACAUGAGGGUGCUUGUUGGAGAUCGGUUACCCAAUUUUUCUAAAGAGCAAUCAGAAUUGGUUAAAGGGUCAUUCGACUUUAUAGGACUUAAUUACUAUACAGCAAGCUAUGUAUAUAGCACUCCCAUAUCUAAUAGUGCAACCAAAAAUUACGAUGCGGAUUCCUACACUAACACGACCGGAGUACGUGAUGGAGUCCCCAUUGGUGCAGCGACUGCGUUGAGUUGGCUCUUCGUCUACCCAAAAGGAAUAAGAGAUCUCUUGCUGUACACGAAGACCAAGUACAACAACCCAGUCGUCUACAUCACCGAGAAUGGGGUUGCAGAGGCCAACAAUGGAACGUUAUCACUCAAGGAGGCGCUCAAAGAUGAUACCAGGAUAUACUACUACCGUAAGCAUCUGCUGUACGUGAACAAAGCUAUAAGGGAAGGGGCAGAUGUGAGAGGAUACUUUGCGUGGAGUUUGUUGGAUGACUUCGAAUGGAACUCCGGCUACACAAUUCGGUUUGGCAUCCACUACGUGGACUACAAAGAUGGCUUGAAGAGGUACCCCAAGAAAUCUGCCUACUGGUUUCGCAAGUUCCUCAAAAGAACAUAGAAUUGUCUGCGGUUAAAUAAAUUCCAUCCCAUUUUACUGUCAUUUUCCUCAUUAGGAGUGCAGAAGAUCGUUGAUGCUGCAAUAAAGUGUAUGUUAAGUUUUUCCUUGCUGAAAGACAUCAUUGUUUGCUGAUUCAAUAAACUGAUUUGAGCAUGGGAGCCUUUGAAAUAAAA